GUCAGUGUUGUGGGGUCUUCCCAACACAGUACUCACUUUCGUAUAAAAGUUCGUGUAACUAUCAGCACCGGCUCACAAUCUCACGGUUAACUGUGUUCGAAAUACCCCACUGUUAUUAAGACCACCGCGUUUUAAUAUUUAAAUUUAUUAAUAUUAAUCCUAUUUUAUUCUCACUCGAUCUUCGGAUCAGUUUGAAUUAUAGUGAGCAAAUCUGAGCGAAUAAUAAAUUAAUCUAGUGCUAGUGAAGUGAAAAAUUUUUUAAAAAUUCUGUUUGUGAAAAUUAAAACCUUCUAAAAUGGGAUCAUUGCAACAGCCGUCGGUACUGAAGGGAAAAAAAGUGAUCACUGAAAAUGACGCAAUUGUUCCUAAAAUAUUCCAGAAUAUUCAGGCGCAGUUUAGCAAACAAAUUGCUAUUAUUUACGAAGACGAAAAUGAAGACUUCAAAAUAACCUACGGGGAAUUAGAACGGCUGACAAAUAAAUUAGCAAGGACAUUAAAACGUUUGUGCACUGUAAAUAACAACCGGGAUGCAAUAAUUGCUGUUUCAAUGAAGCCGACGUACAAUUUGCCGAUCGUGUUAUUAGCAAUUUUAAAAUCCGGGAUGGCUUAUUUGCCAUUGGACGGUGCAUUCCCUCAGGCACGUGUUACACAUAUUAUUGAUGAAUCACAGCCAUUGAUGGUUUUUGUUGACGAAGAUAACACACUGUCUUACGGCGAAACACCUGUAAUUACAUACAAUGAAUUAUUCGAAGAGUCGAAAGCCGAAUCUGAGCUUCCGCCGGAGUACAAUGAAGAUUCCGAAGAAUUGGCGAUUGUUUUGUACACAUCUGGAAGUACCGGAGUGCCCAAAGGCGUGAAACUGCCUCAUGCAACUUUGAUUAACCGGCUGGAGUGGCAAUGGCGUGAGCUGCCUUUUUCCGACAAGGAACAGAAGACAAUAUUCAAAACGGCGCUUACUUUCGUUGACAGCGCACCGGAAAUUUGGGGCUCGCUAUUACAAGGCCGCACUAUUGUUGUUGUCCCUAAGUACGUGACAAAAGAUCCGGAAAAAUUUAUCAACGUACUUGAGAAACACAAAAUUCAAAGACUAGUCCUUGUACCGUCAUUGCUGCAAUCAAUGCUGAUGUAUCUAAGCCUUAAGGAUAACCAUCGUUCAUUAAAAUCAUUGAGGUUAUGGAUCUGCUCUGGUGAAAUACUACCUCAGACUCUAGCAAAAGAAUUCUUCAGUCGAUUCGCCGAUUUUGGACACACACUGGCAAAUUUCUACGGCAGCACUGAAGUAAUGGGGGAUGUAACUUACUAUUUGCUGAAUGACAUCAAUCAAUUGGAAGAUAUGGACAAAGUUCCAAUUGGACGGCCGUUGGACAACUGCAUUAUCUACAUAGUUGACAAAAAUUUAAACCUGGUUCAACAAGGCGAAAUUGGAGAACUAGUUGUAGCAGGAAGAAAUUUGGCCGCUGGUUACAUUCGCGGAAGGGACUCUCAUCGGUUUGUGACCAACCCUCAUGCUAUUGAUCCUGAAUACUCGACGAUUUACCGCACUGGUGACUUUGCCAAAAUCGUUAAAGGGAUAGUGAUCUACGAAGGACGUACUGAUUCUCAAAUAAAAGUCAGAGGGCACAGAGUCGACUUAUCUGAAGUUGAGCGAUCGGUAGAGUCAUUACCUUCUGUUGAUAAAGCAGUUGUGUUGUGUUACAAGCCUGGAGAUUUAGCACAGGCAUUGAUCGCAUUUAUAACCCUGAAAAAAGGGACGAAAACAACGGGCUUACAGCUAGAAAACUAUUUACAAAAUCAGUUACCUUCUUACAUGAUCCCACAUGUGAUCAUAAUCGACUCAAUCCCCCUUUUGAUAAACGGUAAAACAGAUCGGCAAACAUUGCUAAAACUCUACGAAACCUCGAAUUUGAGUAGCAAUGGCCGCGACACAAUCGAUUGUGACUACUCUGAAGUUCCUGACGAGCAGCUGGCUAAAGCGCGGAUUCUCUUUCCCACAGUUGCUUCAGUUAUCGGCAGAAGCGGUCGUUACACUGUCAAUAUCAACGCUAACUUCUACGAUCUAGGCGGCAAUUCACUGAAUUCUAUCUUCACUGUCACCCAAUUGAAGAAGCAAGGAUAUCAUAUCGCGAUAUCCGAUUUUCUAACUGCUAAAUCUAUGAGAGAAAUUUUGGACAAAAUGGUGCUUGAUAGCAAUCAUCAAGAAAAAGAAGAUUUUGCUAGCCCUAAAUUCAUUGCUGAGCCUAUUAAGGAUAGCCAUCGGUCUGCAGUUACAAGGAUGGUAACUGAAAGUUUCUACUUGAAAGCCGAUUUAGAGCGAUGGUUGUCACCCGACAUAAAGCGUAGUGAUUACUACGAUCUAAUGGACACAUUAUGGCGCCCAAUUGUCGAUAAAGGAUUGAGCUUUAUCAUCAAAUCCGUCGAUGAAGAAACGACCAUUUUGGGAGUUGCAUUGAAUUUCGACGCUCAUGACGAACCUGACUGUGUCGUAACCUCAAAGUUAUCCAUUGUGUUUGAAUUUCUGGAGUUUCUUGAAGGACCAAUCAGGGAGAACAAGCUGCCACGCGGAAAAGGUAAAAUACUCCAUUGCUACAUGAUGGCGACGAAUGAAAAUUUGACUCCGGCGGAGAAUGUCAUCAUCAUGAACAAAAUGGAGGACGAGUGCCUGAAUUUAGCAAGAAGAAAAGGUUUCAUGGGGAUUUUCACUACAAACACCAGCCCGUUGACUCAACAAUUGGGAAACGAUGUUUACAACUACGAAGUAUUAUUAGACUAUCAAGUGAAUCAGUAUGUCGCUCCUGAUGGCAGCAAACCUUUCGGAGAAGCUCCUGAUGAUCAACGAGCUCUAUGCUCUUGGAAAACUAUUUAAUGUAUAUAAUUUAUGUAAAUAUAAUAAACUAUAUAGUAUGUAAAUAUA